AUUUGGUAUAAAGCCGGAUCAGUUUUGCAAUCGGCGGUCAGUAUACCCUGGGACGUUAUACAAUGCUGCACCUUACCCUGUCUGCGCUAUGUCUCUUCUUCCUGUGCGCCUACGGUCAAAGUGACCUGACGGUCCAGAUAGGCAAGGGGGACUCCCAGGACUGUCCUCGUGCCGCGUGGACCACCGCCACCUUCAAAAUUUUCACCAGGACCAACACGAGAGGAUCGUGCAUAACUCGUAAAUCCAGGACACUCCAGUCUGCCAAGUUUGAUGGUUCCAAGAAGACGUAUUUUUUCGCACACGGUUGGUUGCAAUCUGGUACCGAUGACUUCAAUGGACCGCUGGUGCAGGCCUUGCUGAGGAAGGAGGACGCCAAUGUUAUCGUCGUCGACUGGAGCAGCGCAUCCCAGAACAUUAAUCUGUUGUAUUCCUCGACCUCUGCCCAUUUCGUUGGUGGCGAGGUGGCGGGAGUGAUUAAAUCCAUGAACGGCCUCGGUCUGAGUCCAAAGAACACGAAUCUGAUUGGUUUCUCUUUGGGGGCCAAGAUCAUGCAGGUGGCCGGUAACUCCCUCGCCGGUGACGGCAAGAAAGUAGCUAAUUUCGUAGCCCUGGAUCCAGUAGCAGCGUCCUACAAAGGGGCAGCAGACCUGGUACAGGUGGUCCACACUAGCGCCAUCUCCCACCUGUCCUCAGGCGACAUAGAUAUCUUUGUCAACAAGGGAUUUGUCAGUGUCAAUCCAGUCAGAUCCCACAACGUGGCCAUAGAUAUCUAUACCAAGUCGAUAGAGGGCGGCUGUGGGUUCUCUGCAUGCGCUGAAAAUGAUUCCAAAUCCUGCAAUCGUCUUGGCUACGGCGUCAGUGCCACAGGUGCGAAGGGCAAGCUGUACAUGACAGUGACGAGCGCAGAGAAGUUUUGCUGAGCUGCGACAUAAAAUAUUAUCUUGAUUAAUAUAUCCGAUGUAGCAGCCUUGGGAUAAAAAGAAUUUUGUUUAUUUUAAGGAAAAAGACCAAAAACCACCGUAUAGGCAUUGCCCAGUGCUAAAAGCGUUACGGCUAUACAGUAGCUAUAAACUCAGUACAGCGUCUCAAUUUAUUUUUUGCGAUCCUUGCAAUAAGACAGACAUUGCUGUUUAAUUUAUUACUUCUUCGUGAAUAAAAUAAAUAAACGUUAAUGAUGCAUGA